CAACCACACUCUUCACUACAAGCCAAAUUAAAGCUCUUGUCUUGUAAGCUGUAAGCAAUUUUCCUUUGAGAAAUUGAAGAUGGGAGCAAACAUGUCUGAGCUCGAGAACCCACAUGGCUUUAGCUUUGUAAAUACCAACCAGCUUAUAGAGUGUCAAUCCAAGAACCAAUGGAAGGCUCAGUUUGAUGCCAACAAAGGAAGCAACAAGCUGAUGGUCGUUUAUUUCACUGCUCCAUGGUGUAGACCUUGCAAAUUGUUGGAACCAUAUAUCAAAGAGUUAGCUGCCAAGUAUUCAGACGUUUCGUUUCUCAAGAUUGAUACCGAUAAGCUGAUGGCGGUGGCAAGGGAAUUUGAGCAGAUUGAUGUGUUGCCAACCAUGGUUUUUGUUAAGAAAGGGAAAGAAAUUGAUAGGGUGGUGGGAGCCAAGAAGGAAGAAGUGCAGAUGAAAAUUGAGAAACACAGGAGCUUUUAAUUAUUACAAGUAUUAAAUCAUACUAUGUUACUGCCUUAAAAUAAAUGAAGGCUCCAUAGACCACAGACACACCAGAAGUGGCUGAAAGUCAGUGCUAUUUGCUAAAUAAGAUUUUGUCAUUUCUUUAAUUUUCAUAUGGCUAAUGCAGCUUGUACUGCGCUUUUCUUUA